UAGUGGUCACCUGUCCUCAGCAAACACAGCAGGCCUCUUCAAAAUAGGCAGGCAACCCCCAGCUUGGCAGAGGUCCUGGCUGCCACCUCCCCACAGGCACUUAGGGAUGGGGGUGGGGGAUUCUCAGAGCCUAAGAAGCUGCAGAGGUGAAGAAAUUCAUUUACUUCCUAAAAUCUAACUCCUGUCUCUCCUGGGUUCAGCUAGCUCCUGCUUCAGUUUGGUUACCACCCAGCAGCCUCUUCUGGGGUCCUUGCACAUGGCCACCCAAAGCCCAGGCCCCCAUAGGGUCUCUCUUAAGGGUCUAAAUGUUGUGGGGAGUUCUCCUCGCACUUAGCUCCUGUGGCCCUGUCCCCUCAUCCUGGAAUCUAAUCACCGUUUUGGGAGUGACAGCUGCCUGUGUUUCACUCUGAGCUGUUCUGCUGCUGCCAUCCUCUCCAAAGCACUGGACCAGAGAGGUUCUCUAGGAGCAAGGGGCAUCUCAUUCAUUCAUCCAGAAUUUACCAAACACCUAGGUCCCUGGAGCACUGGACAGCCCUGAGUUCCGGGAUGGAACCUGAGACAGCGCUCUGGGGCCCAGAUCUGCAGGAUCCUGGACAGAGCCCCAACGAUGCUCACCCAGGUGCAGAGAGUGGGAAUGAAGAGGAGAGCGCUCAGCAGGAAAGUUCUGGGGAGGAGGUCAUCUUGGGAGAUCCAGAUCAGAGCCCAGAAUUCAAGGACCCAUCAGAGAUGCCCCUGGAGACACCCUCCCAGGAUGCCUCUGGCCCCCAGGAUGCCCCGGCCCCGCUGGGUCACCCCAGCCCCUCGGACCACCAGACCCCUCUGGACACCCCCACCCCCGAGGUAGUCCCGACCCCGUCAGACUGGACCAAGGCCUGUGAGGCCAGUUGGCAGUGGGGGACUCUGACCACCUGGAACAGCCCCCCGGUGGUCCCGGCCAACGAGCCCAGCCUGCGGGAGCUGGUGCAAGGCCGCCCGGCCGGCGCCGAGAAGCCCUACAUUUGCAACGAGUGCGGCAAGAGCUUCAGCCAGUGGUCCAAGCUGCUGCGGCACCAGCGCAUCCACACGGGCGAGCGGCCCAACACCUGCUCCGAGUGCGGGAAGAGCUUCACGCAGAGCUCCCACCUGGUGCAGCACCAGCGCACGCACACGGGCGAGAAGCCCUACAAGUGUCCCGACUGCGGCAAGUGCUUCAGCUGGAGCUCCAACCUGGUGCAGCACCAGCGCACGCACACGGGCGAGAAGCCCUACAAGUGUACGGAGUGUGAAAAGGCCUUCACCCAGAGCACCAACCUCAUCAAGCACCAGCGCUCGCACACGGGCGAGAAGCCCUACAAGUGUGGCGAGUGCCGGCGGGCCUUCUACCGCAGCUCGGACCUCAUCCAGCACCAGGCCACCCACACGGGCGAGAAGCCCUACAAGUGCCCCGAGUGCGGCAAGCGCUUCGGCCAGAACCACAACCUCCUCAAGCACCAGAAGAUCCACGCCGGCGAGAAGCCCUACCGCUGCACGGAGUGCGGCAAGAGCUUCAUCCAGAGCUCAGAGCUCACCCAGCACCAGCGCACGCACACGGGCGAGAAGCCCUACAAGUGUCCCGACUGCGGCAAGUGCUUCAGCUGGAGCUCCAACCUGGUGCAGCACCAGCGCACGCACACGGGCGAGAAGCCCUACAAGUGUACGGAGUGUGAAAAGGCCUUCACCCAGAGCACCAACCUCAUCAAGCACCAGCGCUCGCACACGGGCGAGAAGCCCUACAAGUGUGGCGAGUGCCGGCGGGCCUUCUACCGCAGCUCGGACCUCAUCCAGCACCAGGCCACCCACACGGGCGAGAAGCCCUACAAGUGCCCCGAGUGCGGCAAGCGCUUCGGCCAGAACCACAACCUCCUCAAGCACCAGAAGAUCCACGCCGGCGAGAAGCCCUACCGCUGCACGGAGUGCGGCAAGAGCUUCAUCCAGAGCUCAGAGCUCACCCAGCACCAGCGCACGCACACGGGCGAGAAGCCCUACGAAUGCCUGGAGUGCGGCAAGAGCUUCGGCCACAGCUCCACGCUCAUCAAGCACCAGCGGACUCACCUGCGCGAGGACCCCUUCAAGUGCCCGGUGUGCGGCAAGACCUUCACGCUGAGCGCCACGCUGCUGCGGCACCAGCGCACGCACACGGGCGAGCGGCCCUACAAGUGCCCGGAGUGCGGCAAGAGCUUCAGCGUCAGCUCCAACCUCAUCAACCACCAGCGCAUCCACCGCGGCGAGCGGCCCUACAUCUGUGCCGACUGCGGCAAGAGCUUCAUCAUGAGCUCCACCCUCAUCCGCCACCAGCGCAUCCACACGGGCGAGAAGCCCUACAAGUGCUCCGACUGCGGCAAGAGCUUCAUCCGUAGCUCACACCUGAUCCAGCACCGGCGCACGCACACGGGCGAGAAGCCCUACAAGUGCCCCGAGUGCGGCAAGAGCUUCAGCCAGAGCUCCAACCUCAUCACGCACGUGCGCACGCACAUGGAUGAGAACCUCUUCGUGUGCUCUGACUGCGGGAAGGCCUUCUUGGAGGCGCACGAGCUGGAGCAGCAUCGGGUGAUCCAUGAGAGGGGCAAGACCCCGGCCCGAAGAGCUCAGGGCGACGGCCUCCUGGGGCUCGGGGACCCUGCCCUGCUGACCCCACCCCCCGGAGCCAAACCCCACAAGUGUCUGGUCUGCGGGAAGGGGUUCAACGACGAGGGCAUCUUCAUGCAGCAUCAGAGGAUCCAUAUUGGCGAAAACCCCUACAAAAAUUCGGACGGCCUCCCCGCCCACCCCGCCCCCAAGCCGCCUCAGUUCCGACCCCCCAGGCUUCCUUUUGGAGGGAAUUCCUUUCCCGGUGCUGCAGAGGGCAGAGCCGACCCGCCCGGACAGCCCUUUAAAAUGCCCGACGGGCAGGAGAGCUUCAGCCACAGGCUGGGUCUGCCCUCCUCCAAGUCCUACAUCUGUUCGCACUGUGGCGAGAGCUUUCUGGAUCGCUCGGUGCUCCUCCAGCAUCAGGUCACCCACGGCAGCGAAAAGCCCUUUCUCUUUCCCGAUUAUCGGACUGGCCUUGGGGAAGGGGCGGGGCCCAGUCCCUUCCUCAGUGGAAAGCCCUUUAAAUGCCCCGAAUGCAAAAAAAGCUUUGCCCUUAGCUCAGAGCUGCUGCUGCACCAGAAAGUCCAUGCCGGCGGGAAAGCCCAGAAGAGUCCAGAGCUGGGGAAGAGCUCCUCCGUCCUCCUGGAGCACCUCAGGAGCCCCCUGGGGGCCAGACCCUACAGCUGCUCAGAUUGUGGGGCUUCCUUCCUGGAUCGCCUGGCUCUCAUCCGGCACCAGGAGACCCAUACCCGAGAAAAGUCCCCCACACCCGAGGACCCCCUCCCAGAGCCAGCCACCCUGUCCACAAGCCAGGAAGGUGAGGGAGAGGCCCCUGCACCCACAGAGAGCAGCAGCCAUGAGGAAGGGGGAAGCCCCAAAACCAGCUUGGAAGAAAAGCCCUAUUUGUGCCCCGAGUGUGGAGAUGGCUUCACAGAAGUCUCAGCCCUCCUCCUCCAUAGGAGCUGCCACCCCGGGGUCACCCUGUGAACAGGGUCUGGAGACCAGAGGCCUCUCCCUCCUGAGGGGAACACUGGGUCUCCCCAAAAGUUACGUGGGGAAAGGAGGAAAACCCUAUCAGAUUGUAGAGAAGCAGAGGAUAAAGAAUUGUGGGUAAAAGUAGUGCUUUUACAUCAGUGAUGAAUAAUCCUUUAAAAUUGUUGGUGGGAACCACUUAUAAGGCAGUAGAGAAAAACUGUUGGGUUAGAAACCCUAUAAAUAUGUAGGAAAAAAAAAAAAGCCCUUUAAGUCUGUAGCAGAAAAACCCUAUAAACCAUAGUGGAUAAAAGCCCUAUUAAUUGUAGGAAGAGGUCUCAAUAUGUCUCUAGACAACCCUAUAAAACUGUAUCAAAAACCUAGUGAAACUAUAGGGUCGGGGAAGCACAGGGAAUCCGACAGUGGCGUCGACUUGGGAGGAGGGACCCUUAGAAGGUGUAGAAGGACCUCCUAUGAACUCUCUCCACAGCGUUCUCUCCCCCAAGAGUGUGGGAGGGAGCCCGUCUGCCAGAGCCGGGGACAGUGACACCGCAGAAAAUGCUGGGCUGGGGGAGGAACGUGGGAAUGAGGAGGAGCCCUCCGAUUCCCCAGAGGAAAAAUGACCCAGGAACUAGGAGGAGAAGGCCCAGUUCAAGGCACUGGGGGUUCUGUGGGGAACGAGGGCAGUCUUAGAUGAUUGUGUGUGAGAGAGGAAGAGGCCCGUGGAACUCCUCAUCAGAAAGAACCCCAAAAAUGGGGAAGAAAAAAACACGUCCAGCCUGUUUAAAGGCCAAAGUUUGGGGUGCAUAAAAGCUUUAAGUGUAAGGAGACUAGGAAACCACCACAAAAAUUAGGAGGGAAGAUAGGGUGAUUUGUUAGAGUGCUUUGAGGAAAGCGAACCAAGGUGGAGAAGCCGUUGAGAUGGAACCCAACAAACCCCAGGCUGCCCAGUCCUCCCUGUUUCAGAAGCUUGUCAAACUGCAAGUACAAGCAGCUCCUAGCUCAGGCCGCCAGAGUUCCCCGCACCCCCGAGCCAGGCAGGACUCCCCUCUCCCCAGCACAGCUGGGGAAUAUCUUUGCUGCAAGGCCUCCAGGGAUGGAGGGUCCCUCCUGCCACAUUCUCAGGUCUCACUGUCGGGAGGCUUCUCCUGCAAUCUAACUGCCACCAGUCCUGAGGCUGUGGCAGCCCGUUUCCUUACAUUCUGUCCUCAGAGAGGGAGAAGCCUUGCUAGUCGACCUCCAAAGAAUAAAGCCCUUCAGAGACACGAGGUCUGUGUGUGGUCAAAUCCUGGCCAGACUUCUCUUAAGUGAAGAGCACCACCUUUGAUUCUCUGGCAACAAGGGACAGCAGAAUGGACAGAAUCAAGAGCCUGGAUUAGCCAGCAACCUGAUUUUUAACCUCAUUCUCAUCUGAGCUGUUAGCAAGACAGCAAGAGGACACGUAGUGAUGGGUGUCCUGAAGCCCCACAGACUGGACUGUGGGUCCCUGAAGAGUACGCGGAGACCUCACCACCUUCCUCACCCGGGUACCUGGAGCACUCUGAGGUUGCAGCAGCCCAGCCCAAUUGUGGUCUUGGAAAGAAGACAGAGUCCACCCACUUGGUUCCUCUCCUCCUUAGCCAGAAACCUUCAGAGGGAGACAGAAUGAUGAGAACACACUCCCUGGCCAGGCCCAUCUCCUGUCCUCACACACCAUGUACGGUGACAUACUUUCAUUAACCCUGCCAAACCUGCUCCCAUGGCGGGGAAUGAGACUGUUGUCCUCUGAAAUGGUUGAAGAGCAAAAACUUGUGAAACAUCCAUAUCAAGAACCCCACCCCUUAACCCCAGAGACCCUUAAAGGAGGACGGGACCCCCUGUCCAGAGCUGGGUCCAGAGGAAGUGCCCACUGACAGCAUGCUGGCCCCAGUAACGCGCUGUGGUACAAGCAGAACUGAGAUUCCAGGUGGGGAGUCAUGUCCCUGGAGAGGGUGACCCGGCUUCCUACAAACCUGUGGAAGAGACCUCUGAUUCCAUUACCUAAAAGUUCAAAAGGUGAAAGUCCUUCACCCUUCGUCUGUCCUAUUCCCAAAGGGAUGACCCUCAAGUUCAAAGACUGAAAUCUAGAACACUGUAGGAGGAAAAGCCUAGGCCUCCUGGGGAGAAGGAAAAGGCAGGUCCUGGGGGACUAUGAGAAGACCCUGAUCAAUAUCUGCAUAAAGCCCCACCCACCCAAGUGCCAGGUCAGAAAGCACCACCAGGAGGGGAGAAGGACCCUGCCUGCCUCUACUGACAGCAUGGACCAGGAGGUGUCCCUCUGAGACUGAGGAAGAGGAGACCAUUCUCCAAGCAGGUUUUUUUUUUUUUUUUUUUUUCCUCUAAGAUGGCAGCAGAAAGAAAAUUCAAUUGUAGAGACAAACCCCUUGUAAAACUAGAAGCAGAUCCUCUUGGAAAUAGGCUUGAGGAAUCAGUCUCCAGAAGGGCCUGGGAGAGCAGUUUUUGGGGCUCAGGGCCCGCCUGGGGGCAAGAUGGGUGGUCAAGGCUGACUGAGGACCUAUUGAGGACUAGGGUGUAGCAUACAUAGUAGGAUGCUCGCAUGUCAUAGGGUGAGGGCCAGGGGUCUUGGCUGUGGUACUGAAUGGAUGAUGUGGACACAAUUAGUUGGGGUCUGGGGUUUCAUAGCAAGAAAGGGGGCAAAGUCAGAGACCUUUGGGGUGUGACCUGUUCUCUGUUGCCCACCUCCCCAAACUCUUUUAGCCAGCUGCUUUCCUCCCAGAGCGAGCUACAUCUUGGGAAGAACUAAGCAGGGAGCAGGCUGGGGGAGGCAGCAGCGUCGAGUCCUUCUGACCAGCUCAGGCCAAGGCCCAGGGGAUCGUGGCACUUUCCCACCGGAAGUGAGUCGGGAAGGCAGAGUGAAGCCAAACCCUCCUGUCCAACUCCACGCGAGCCUGACUCUUUUGAUAGGCCCUCCUGGAGGAGCGCAACACAGGGUCACAGCAUCAUUGGUGAAAGUAGAAGGGAGAGUAGAAACUGAUCUGAGCUUAGGGUGAAACUUGAAACUGCUAUGGAUAUGGAGGUCAGAAGGGAGCCCAGGAGAACUUGCUGUGAAUCCUGAAUGGCGGGGAAGCUCGAAACCAUCACAACCAAGAGGUGGGGUUCCAUCACACCUGCCCCUCAGGUGAGCAGCCCUGACUCUUUUGCCCCCACUCAUCUGACUUGUCCCCUUGGAGUGAAGAAAGGCCCCACUUUUGAGUAUUGUGUGUCAAUAGCAGUGUUGUGUCAGCGGUGGUCAUGUUGAUUAGUUGAAGAGAAUAAAGGGAAUAAGAUUU